UUGCCAGUGGGAUCGCGAUCGCGAAUAACCCAUGCGAAGAUGGUGGGCAGUAAUUUCAGCGAAAGUGAGGAGAGAGUUCUGAUUUGUCGUUUCCUUGAAAAGGGGUAUGAUCAGACCCGCUCCCAGAUCGUGAAGAAGGACAUUGUCCGCUCCCUAAUGCGGGAGCUGAGGAGAAAACACGGCGGCAGACAUGACCGCAUGGCGGUCUUAAAAAAAUGGUCGGACCUAAAGAGGCGACACAUGGAUCGGGUCCGACAAAUACGGGACCAGUAUCACCAAGGAGCUACUCUAGCCACGGUCCGUCCAAAGCGGACCAGGCGACAGGCCGAGGCAGAGGAGGAGGAGGAGGAGGAGGAGGAGGGGAUCAUCCUGGAGGAGGAAGAGGAGGGGAUCAUCCUGGAGGAGGAAGAGGAGGGGAUCAUCCUGGAGGAGGAGGAGGAGACACAGGAGCAGGAGGAGGAACAGCCAGGGCCCUCCCACAUGGCCCAAGCCAUACCACCACCACCACCACCAGCAGCACCACAGGAGGGAGAGGAGGGGAAUUCCUCCCCACUCUCCAGUCAAGAUGUGGCCUACACUCCAAAUCAGGAGAUUGCGCAACAAUUAAAAAAGGAAAUAAAAAAAAUAAAAAAAGACCAUGAAAAAAUGAGAAAGGACAUGAUGAGGAUGGCGCGGAAAAUAACGGGAUUGGAGGAGUUGAUUAAUAAGUUAACAUAGUUUUUUUUUUUUGGUUGUUAUAUUUAUUUCUUCUUUUUCUUUAA